AUGAAGAGCGGUGAGAGGAGAUCUUGGUGGCUUCUCUUACUCUUUCUUGCUUUGAUGAGUGCAUACAUGAAACCGGUUUGCGUUCAUGGGAGUGAUGAACACAACUUACCAGUUGACAGACAAUUUUCAGGACUUCAUCAAAACAAUAGCAAUGUGGAUGUAGCUGGUGGUGGUGAUGAUGCAAAUGUAACAAAUACUUCUUUUGAUGUGACCGCAGUUACUAAUGACAAAAAGAAUUCCGGUUACGGAGGUGGAGGAGGCAGCGGAAAAGGUAGCGGACAUGGAGGUAAAGUUCGUAGGCGAAAAGGUAAGAAGAAAAUGAAGAAGGGUGGUGGGGGUGCUGGAGGUGUUAAGGGAGAUGGUAAGGGGAUGGGUAGCGGUGGUGGAGGUGGAGGAGGCGGAAGUGGAAGUGGAAGUGGUAAGGGAGUAGGUAUGGGGAAGGGCAGCGGUGGGGGAGGCGGAGGAGGUGGUAAGGGGAAGGGUAAUGGUGGUGGAGGUGGAGGCGGAGGCGGGGGAGGUAAUGGAAAAGGUAACAAUGGUAGUGGUGGAGGUGGCGGAGGAGGAGGUACCGGAGGUGGCGGAGGAGGAGGAGGUGGUGGUGGAGGAGGAGGAGGAGGUGGUGGUGGAGGAGGAGGAAGUGGUUAUGGAUGGGGAUGGGGCGGUGGUGGUGGAGGAGGAGGUUGGGGAUUUUUUGGUCCUGGAGGAGGUGGUGGAAAAGGAGUAACAAGUGAUGGAGUCUUAACCCAUAAGAUCGGAGAAUAUGCAGUGUGCAUGGCUAAAGGGCGUUGCAUGGGAAUGAAACUGGAAUGCCCUCUCCAUUGUGGUGGCCCUGGCUGCUUUUACGAUUGCCGACACAUGUGCUCCGUUCGCUGUAGGCGCUCACUUUAGAUGACCAUCCCACUGCUACUAGCUAGCUUGCUAAUCAUGCAUGCAUUACUAAUUUUGAUUUGGUGAGGUUUAAUAUAGUUUUGGUGAUUGUGAGCAGUAGAAUCCAGUAAUAAUGCAUAAGUAAUUCAAAUGUAGCUUGCGAGUGAUGAUUGUGUGGAGUUUAAAUGUUAGCUUUUAAAUUGGAAGAGUUUGUACUUGAUGAAAACUUAUAACUUGAGUCUUCUAAUUUCUCAUGUCUUUCUUCUUCAGUUGCCCCAAAUUACAACCAAGACUCUAUUCGCCAAGGUUUACAUG